GGGCUGAAUCCCGGGGUUGAAUAUAUACAGUGCACAUGAACAGGUGACCGUGAAUGCAUCAAGGCACUUGACCCACGUGUAUUCGCAUUCGCACAGAAGGUAGUCAACACCAUUGUCAAGUUCGCAUUCUUCGAGCUCGAUCGUUCUCCUCUGUAAGAGAGAAAGAAAAAUGGCCGCCCAGCAGCAGAAGCCGAGGUUGUAUUACUUUAACGGGAGAGGCAAGGGAGAGAUGACAAGGCUGACCUGUGCUGCUGCAGGUAUAGAGUUCGAUGAAACCAACCUGAGAACAAGAGAGCCAUUCCUCCAGAUGAUAAAAGAUGGCAAGCUGCUUUUCGGGCAACUGCCACUGUUGGAAAUGGACGGUAUGAAACUUGUCGGGAGCGACUCCAUUGUAAGACACUUGGGAAGGAAAGCUAAACUCUACGGCGACAGCGAUGCGGAUAGAGCAAGAAUCGACAUCCUUGUAAUGGGGGGCAAAGACUUUUUCGAUGCUGCCCUUGGGGGUUACCUUUUUUCACCGAACCCAGAAGAAACCAUUGAAACGAAAGUCUUACCGUCGGCCAACAACAAAUACCUCCCAGCCUUCGAAAAGACUCUCGCAGAAAGUAGUUCCGGUUUUCUGGUUGGAUCACGUCUUUCCAUCGCAGACAUCGUUCUGUUCGAUUCCUUGACUCACAUCACCGACUCACCCUACCCAAAACUUUCCUCAGUGCUCCAAGGGUAUCCCAAAUGCGCGGCAUUUGUUAAAUUCAUCGCCGACCAGCCAGGUAUCAAGGAGUACCUCGCAAGCCCAAGAAGAAAUCCUGUGCCCACCGCCGAGUACAUCAACGAUGUCAAGACGACUCUCGGCUGGUGAUUUCU